AUGUCGCACGCUUCUGACCAAGAAGAGGACGGAAUCGUCGAUUCCGUACGUUUUUUCUUCAAUUUUUAUACGUGUUGUUCCGUAGAAAAAUGUGUGCUUUUUCUCUAUAAUUUACCCAAAAUUUUGCAGCCGAAACAAGCGAAAAUGACGCGAGUCGAACGGAAAACCGAUCCGAAGAGCAUCGAUUACAACACGUGGAAAAACCAUGCGUGCGGACUCAUACGCGACCAGAACGUACGUUUUUCGGGCGGGAUGGAAAAAAAAUGUUUAAUUUGAUUUUUGCAGCGAUUCUUGACGGUCGACGACAAGGAGCUUCGUUCGGCGAUCGCGCACGCCAUGUUUCUGGAGACGGCCUCGGAGAAUCUGUUGAACAAACGAAAGCGACAGAUUGAGUGAGUUUUGAGAGAAUUUCCACAGGAUUUUUACAAUUAAUUUCAGCAUGAUGGACUCGUACCGCGGAGAAGAGGGACUGGCCGCGAAGAGGGUGUUCGAGGACGUGAAACCGGUGCUGAAGGAGCGACUCGGAUACAGAUGUGAGUGAUUCUUGAUUGAAACAAAAAUUUGUUGCAGUUUCACGACCUAUAGCUGUCAAAACUAUAGUGUUCAAUAGGCAAUAUUGGUAGUUGGUCUAUUUGAAUUUCAAUACGCUCAUAAGUUCUAUUUUAGGCUAGACGACUAGAAGUACUUUUAAAAAAAACCGCAAUUCAUGCAGUUCCAACCAAAUUGACCGUUUACUUGCAGACGCGCAACUCGAGGAGAACGUGAAGCAGCUGGUGGCGCAGUCCCGUCUACCGCUCUCCGUGGGACCGGACGUCUCCCGCCCGCCCCCACAACUGCUCCCACUGCCGCCGAUGCACGUGCCGCCGCCGAAUUGCCACGUGGCGCCGCUGCCCAUGAUGGGCCUGCAGCCGGUCCUCUCGGCGAUCACGGCUCCGAUCGUUCCGCCCACGCAAACGGUGGGUGCUUUUGUCAUCCAAUACCCCAACUAUUAACACUUUGUGCAUCUCUAUUAAAAAUUCUGUGAUUCCAUUUUUGUCCAACAAAAAAAAUUGACAAUUCCUCUGGAAAUUCUUGUGAUAUUAUCCGCUCGCCUAAUAAAUUUUACUCUUUAAAACUCCGAAACUUAUCCAACUGGAGAUUGAAAAAAUUACAGUUUUUUCCCGAAAAUAUAGUAAAUUCACUGGGAAUUUCAAUAAUUGUCACGUUGUGUCUGGGAACUCGAUCGCAAUCUAAUUAGAAAACUUUGCAAUCUAACACGAACUCUUCAAUUAGAUUGCAAAAUCUUCUAAUUAGAUUGCAAUCACUGCAAUUUUUCUAAUUAGAUUGCAAUUCAGGAAAAAUAUGGUGUAAUCUAACACGAUUUUACUGGAACUUCAAUUAAAUCUGAUUAGAUUACGAAAUAGCGCUUUUUCUUAUUAGAUUGCAAUCGAGUUUCCAGAGUAAAUGCUGAGUUCUGAUGAUACCACAAUCUCGCCCCAACAGUUAUGACGGGGGGUGAUACUGGAGUCCAAGGUGAGUCCAGGGGGAGAUUGUGGUAUGAUCAGAUUCCAGAAUCGGCCCCCAUCACGUCAAUUUUCGAAUAAAAAAGUAUAGGAUCGAGAGCGUUUGCUGCGGACCAUGAAGAACAGUUUCUAUGCUUCUGGGCGUUCAUGUUUUUAGGUAAUACCUCUGCUUUUAGGGUGCUAAGCGUGGGAAUAGGUCCCCUUCUAGGUGUGGAUUCACAUUGAAAUGCCCUUCUAUUUUUCUCGAUAUUACAGGGAGGCGAUUAUGUAUGAAAGUAUAAAGGCUGGUGGUUCUUGAUUUGCCUUCAGGUCUUCGGGCUUCAUGGCGAUUGAGUGAGUCUGAAGGGAACUUUCCCUCGGGAUGUGUAGCGCAUCUUAAAAUCCCGGCCAGUCCCCGCUGACGUCCUAGACUCUAACUGUCUUGUUAGUUUGCUUGAAUUGUUCAAGAUGUCUUCGUUCCCCGUUUGUGUAGUACUUACGGGAAAAGAAGAAACGAGAAAGAAUGAACAUCUCUAAAUUAUGAGUUAUUAACCUUUUCCGUUUCAAAAUGAGCAGGUGUGUGCAUGCAGCCAGUAGCCAUUCAAUAAGCGAAUGGUCUUUUCACAAUGCGUAUCCAUUAGGAAGCGCCUAGCCCAGGCCUUCAAUUUCCUUCCCAAUACCAGCUAAUUUCUAUGGGAAAUUUUGCAGAUUGGACGGCCAGUUUCGUUGAUGUCUCAGCACACGCGUGGGCUCAGAUCCCAUAUCGAUUUGGAUAUGUCGAGGUUAGAUUUAAUAGUGAAAAGGGAAGCAGUGGAAGAAGAAGAAGAAAAAGAAAAAGGAGAAGAAGAAGGAGAAAAAGAGCACGAAACGCAUGAAAAGGGGCCCAUUUUGCACGUGAAACAGGAGCAGAACGAGGCGGAAAACGGAGGAAUCGAGGGAACGCACGGAAAGGAGACGACGCCACUCGGUACGCAAUUCAAGGACGUUUUUAUGCUGAACAUUGCAUGGGUCGCAUGAUUUUUUUGCAAAUUCGUUUGAAAACAUAUAACAAUUGUGAAAUUGUGCAUGUCAUUUCUCUUUAGUAGUUUUUUGCAGACCUGGGCAAUUGCCCUGGACUUUUGACCCACUUGCAGUAAUGCGAUCGGACCCAAACUUUGCAGGCUUGUUGGACUUGGAUUGAAGUAUGCUCGGACCGAGUUUCAGCCCGAUCGGAUUAUUUACUGUCGAGAUAUAGUGCUUGAGAGCCGAUUUUGGCCAAUAAUCCACGAAUCUCGGGACCGGAUGAUAGGAUCGGUCUGAAACUUGGUCCCAAUGUACUUCAAUCCAAGUCCAAGAAGCCUGCAAAGUCUGGGUCCGAUCGGAUUAUGGCAAGUGGGUCAAAAGUUCGGGCCAAGCUGGUACAAUUCUAGAAUUGAGUGUUCCAAUUUGCAGCCCAAUUCUGCAUCCGACAUGGCGACACUUCAUGGCGACCACGUGGCGCCGUCCGUCCGAGCCCGAUGACGUCACCGUUCCUGCCCCGCCCGCUGUCUCCGCCGAGUUCGCUCUUCGUCGUUCGCUACUCCAACUCAUCCACAAGUGCAUUUCGUCCGCCCAUCAUUCCGCCGUUUCUCAGCAAUCCGCCUUCGGUCAUUCCACCUCCGACCGCCGGUAAUCGAAGAAGUUUCCCGCCCGCAAAUGACCACAGGUUCGCCUUAUUUUUUUUUUUGGUAAAAAGAACAAAAAACGGAGAACAACAGUAUCAUAGUACAAACUACACAAUACUUUUUGGUAUUAGGUGUUAUCAUCGUUUUAUCAAUUCAUCACUAUCAUUUUCCUACUGUUUACAAUACAAGAAUCGCUAGGAUUACUAUAGGAAAACACAAAAGUGAUCAUUUUUUUAAUGUUUGAACUUGUUUUGAAGACCUCCAAUUCAGUUGAUCUACUCGUCAUAAUCGCUUGUACUCUCUGUUUUCUGCGUCAAAAACAAUGCGGUUUUAUUGAUUUUUUGGAUGGAGUCAUGCAAAUUAGUUGCAAGAGAAUUCCAACUUGAGCUCAAUUUUUAAUAGACAUUUUCCGAUGCGUCUGGAAAUUCGAAGAAUUCAAACGAUCCGUAGGCUCUCUUUUCUCUUGAGCACUUCCGUCGUCCUCCUUUUCGUAGCCUACAACAGUCUAUGCUCGGUGACGCCCACGCUAAAUGCAUUUUACAAAACAACAGUGCUGUUUGUGUUGAUAAUCAUGUUAUUGUGGAGGAGGAGAAAAGAAGUGUUUCAUACUCCAUUAUUAUUAUUCUUAUUCUUGCACGGUUUCUGGACCGGAAAUGGAGUUUUGAGUUGUAGUCUUGUGGUUCAUUUUCCUAAAGAGGCAUUUUGAGGCAAAUCCAGUUAGACCCUCCCUUCCUUUAACUCAAACUUCAUCUCGAAUACCGAGUAAUGUUUGCAAAACUGCUUCCGAUUGAGAAUGAAGAUGGUGUGCGCGGAACGUUGAUUAUCGCCGAUUCCGAUCGUCCUCUCCCUUUGUUUUUCCCGUUUUUCUCGUUGGCAAUGCGUGUCUCCGAAAACAGUCACGGCAUCUUUUCUUUCCGUUUUUGCCCCAAAUCGGGAUCCGAUUCGAGAGAACACACACACACAUUCUCUUCUCUUUUUUUGCAUUGAAACAUUUGGAAUUUUUGAUUACUGUUUCAAAAAAGUGUGGUUCAUUAGUUUUUCGCAUUUCCUAUGGUCCAUCGUACAGUCAGUUUCAAAAGUAUAGAGCCACCCCUAAAAUUGAAUAUAUCGUCUUUCCCAAACAAAAUACCACUCCAAGACCUUGAAAAUCGAAAUCAGCAUCACAAAUAACCCCCGGGAAACAAUUUUGAGAGUUGCGUAUAGCAUAGAUGGGGAAUGGUGCUGAAAUAUCUGAAAAUGUUGCAACUGCAAGCGUUUCAUAAGUAUAGGGCCACCCCUGAAAACACCCUGGAAUCCUCUUAAACUGAUAAACGUGAUCUUGAAUAGGGUUUUUUGCACUUUUAGGAUGUCCAAAAAGUUGUUUUGAAAUCAUGUGCAACGCCACCUAGGUCCACUCUCCCGGGUUUAGCCUAAUGUUCUGUGUGAAGCUCCGGAGUGGAGCCGGGGGACUCCGAUGAUCUCAAAUGAGUCAAAUCUUGUUUGAAACAAGUUUUUUGAGCAUUUUCAAGUCAAUUUUGUUAAAGCAUGUCGAAUCUCUAGCACGUGAUAUCAGAUUUUUGGCAAAAAUUGGUUUUCUUCACUUCAACAAUCAGGAGCUCAUAAUUCGGUUGAAACUGAUCCGAUUGACACCAAACUCAAACAUGUCAUGUUUCAAACCUUAUGAAGUUCCAUAAGUGUGCAAUGACAGCCUGGAGUUUGACGCUCAAGCCAGUCUGAUCCUUGUUGGGCCUGGUUUCAUUUUGGCCAAAAUCUGAUAUCACGUGCUAGAGAUUCGACAUGCUUUAACAAAAUUGACUUGAAAAUGCUCAAAAAACUUGUUUCAAACAAGAUUUGACUCAUUUGAGAUCAUCGGAGUCCCCCGGCUCCACUCCCGAGCUUCACACAGAACAUUAGGCUAAACCCGGGAGAGUGGCCCUAGGUGGCGUCGGGGUCAUUGCACAUGAUUUUAUAAAGACUUUUUGGACAUCCUGAAGGUGCAAAAAACCCCAUUCAAGAUCAUGUUUAUCAGUUUAAAAGGCUUCCAGAGUGUUUUCAGGGGUGGCUCUAUACUUAUGAAACGCUUGCAGUUGCAACAUUUUCAGACAUUUCAGCACCAUUCCCCAACUAUCCUAUACACAACUCUCAAAAUUGUUUCCCGGGGGUUAUUUGUGAUGCUGAUUUCGAUUUUUAAGGUCCUGUGUUUGUAUUUUGUUCGGGAAAGACGAUAUAUUCAAUUUUCGGGGUGGCCCUAUACUUUUGAAACGGAUUGCGUUUUCAUGGAUGUUAUUUGUUGUUUCAAAAAAGUGAUCAUGACGGUCCAAGGUUACAAGGCAUUUUUUGGAAAUUGGCAUGGACUGGUGACGGUCAAGGGUCCAAGGCAUUUUUUUGGAAAUUGGCAUCAACUUUGACUAGGUAACUUUAAUUAAACCUUGUCUUUUUAGAAUAUUGAAUUUCGCCUCUAACUCUCUGAUGAUGUUCUUCUUCUAAAAUCGGUCAUUUUUGCAGCACUCCGCCGUUCUUCCACCGCCGCACGUCUUCUCGUUCGCAAUCGCCGCCCGGACUGAUCGGAGUGAACGUGCGCGGACUUUUCGUCGGCGGAAGACGUCCGUCCCCUGGAGCGGACCCGUUCCGCAGAGAAUUCAGACGAUGA